CAAGGCAAACAAGCCCACAUCUACCUAGGAAGGAAAACAACCACCCAGGUUAUGGUGGAAACCAAACAUCAGCCUGUGUGUUCCUGGCUCCACUGAGGCUGUAGGAACUGGCCUGGGCUGCAGGCUGGGGAGGCUUAAAAGCCCUGCAGCGAUGGGCAGUGAUGACAGAGAGAGGGGACAGACGCCGAGCGAGGGAGGGACGCAGCGGUGAGCCACCGCAAGAUGGCCCAGGCAGGCAGGUGGGGAUUAGAGUCUGCAGGCCCAGAGGACGCAAGUGGACGGGGCCCCUCAAACACAAGUCCCUGAGCAGGGACACAAGGGUGAUGCCCAGCUCUGGGACUGGGAAGAGUCAGCAGCAGCAAGCAGAGCUAUGGGGCUGGAGACCCUGGGCUGCUGAGGGCUCAAGUGUCUCCCUUCCACCGCAAGGUGGGGCUAAGGCUGGAAGCGCAGCACACAGUGGGCACCUCUGCCUCGCUGGUUAGGCUUCGGGAAUCUGCUAAGACACCCACGGCCUUCAGUUAUGCCUCAUUCCGGUUGUUUCUCCAACAAGUAAGGGUGGAUGAACCCACCUUGAUAAAAUAACGAGGCAGGGCAAGAAGCCCUUGGACCCUUGAGGCACCAACACGCCCUUAUCAGUCACCAAACAGCUGUGCCUGGACUUGGAGCGUCAGUUUGGCAAGAAGGAAACAGGGCCACUUCAGUACCAGGUGGCAGCUGUCUGGCCUGCAGGACGCCUGCUGCUCAGUUGCAAGGCCCUCUGUGCCAGGAGAUGCCACCCAAAGGCACGUGUCCUAGUCCCUCCAGCUCUGCCAGCCUUCCCUCAGCCUGGCACAUCUCCCUGCUCUGCAGGCUGCCCCUCUGGCUGGGGCAGGGCCAUGAAGGGCCAUACGGGCCGAGAGCCAGGGAAAGCCACCACUUGUUCUGGCUGUUCCUAACUGAGGUGCUACCGGGCGUGGGGCUGGGAGAUACUCUAGCUUCCUUGGUUCACAGGCAGGAAGUACAGUCUGGGAAGGAGUGUGGUGGAACUGAGCUAGGAAGACUGGCAAAACAUAGAGAGAGGCCCACAGGGCUUCCCUUCCCAUCUCCCUCCAAACAUGGGAGGAAGGUUAAAGGGACAAGAGGCAGCCCUCCCUGGAGGGCCCCCUCUUCCCGGGCCACACCUGGGAACGCUGAGGGCUCCCUGUUGAGCAACAGCUGGGCCACGGCCACACGGUCACCUGACGACGGCUGGUUAUAUCAGGCACCCGGCGUCAGGCACCCUUGGCCUUGCUUUAAAUAGUGUGCUGGGAAGCCCGCCCGGGACCUGCUGGAAUGUGCCUCCACCCUCUAGGAGUACAAGCCCCCUCCAACUCCCCCAUGGGGCCCACUAAGGCUCCUUUCACUCAAGGCCAAGCUGGAAAGGAUGAAAUAGCAACUGGAGAGCAAAGGGGGCUCCGGUCUUCGGGGCAGAUCCACGCCUGUCCCCAGUGCAGACGGGAUCCCACGGGCACCCCCGGGGCUGACCCAGGCGCAGCUGGCUGAUUCCGGUCCCCACAGGCCCCGGCCGUGCGAGUCUGUGGCCCGCAGCUGGCGUGGACGGACGCUCUUCCCAGAGUGGGGCCCGGGCCCCCAGGGCAUGAGUCUGCAGCUUUCUCACUUCCUAAGCCCUGAAGGGCCAACAGGCCCCGCCUUUCCUGCACAGCAGUUCAGCCUCCGCUCCACCUUCCUCCUCCCUGCUUUGGGGAUCACACCUGCACCCCCUCUGCACCCCGACUGACCAGGGUCUCCAGGCAACCUCUCGCUCAGAAGCGGAGCCACCCCCUCUGCAAUCCCUCCUGAGCCUUUAGGCGUGGGGGCACAAGUGGAAAAGCCCCCCUGCCAGCCUGCGCUCCCUGCUUCCUCUGAAGGAGUGUCUCUGAUGGCUCCAUUAGGCAAUGCAGGCCCUGGGCCAAUCAAGCUGAGAAAGACAGGCCACGUGCAGCUAAAGAAGGGAGGCGAGAGCAGCCCAGCCCUGGAGCCUGGUGCACGCUCCCUGAGGGCUUCAGUCGGCCCACUGGAAUGGGCCAGGCAGGCAGCCUCUCAUCCUCCAGGAAACCCGGGGUGUGGGAUGCCCAGGGGCCCAGGACCACGCUCCUGUGCACACCUGCUCCACGGGUCAGGGGGAGGAGGUCUGCUCGGCGUGACCUGAGGAAAGGGGUCCUCGUGAACUUGACACAGAAAGACUCGCAGAAAGAUCUGCCCUUUGGUGACAAGUCACAGGAGGUUCUCAAAGAGCAGGCGCGGCCCGGUGAGUGAAGACGCUGUGCUCCAGACUCCCAUGUGUGGGUGGGGCUGGUCUCCGCGGCCCUGGUCCUGUGCUGAGCCUGUCACACGGGCCAGGCCCUCGGUGCACGGCUCCUGAUCUUGUCUGCAAAGAUCAGGCUUCCCAGGACAGGCGCCCAGGGAGGCACAGUGUGACCGCGGAGAGGUCCCUUCCUCUCUCCAGUCUCAGGGUCCCCAGGUGCAAAAGAAAGGAGGCAGAAGGGGAUGACGCAUGGCAUUCUAGAAUCUUAUGCCUCCCAGGACAUUGGAAGACUGGGCUCCUGAUCUCCUCUGUAGAAAGGUGCAGACCCUGGGCUGCGGCAUGGGAGAAGCUGGGGGGCUCUGACUCCAGGAGCUUUGCCCUCUGACAGAACACCAUCCAGUCCUCCACGGAGCCAUCGCCACCUGCCUGCGGUAGCAUCAUCACUUACAACACAGCUCCCUGCCUCCAGCCGGCCCCCACCACCUUCCUUCACCUCACACACCACAGACAUCCUGGUGUGAAGGACGCAGACGACACUCCCCAAAGGUGCUGGAGGAAGGCGUGCGCAGGGAGGGAGCCGUGACUGCACCCAAAGGCCGUCUGGCCUCUCCCCACCCAGAACGGAACCACGUGCCCUGGGCACUCCCGGAGCCCGGCGCUGGGCCCAACCCUCCCUCCUGAGAGCCUCAAGCCCAGGAGGCACCCAGCAGGGGCCCGGCGCAGCAUGGCAGCCAGCAAGCUCAUGCAGGAGAUACACUCCAUCGGGGACAGGCUGCUGCUCAAGCUGCAGAGGCUGCCGCAGGCCGAGCCCGUGGAGGUCCUGGCCUUCUCGGUCCUGGUGGUUUUCACAGCCACUGUAGUGCUGCUGCUACUGAUUGCCUGCGGCUUCUGCUGCUGUCAGUACUGCUGGCCCAGGCGGAGAGGCAGGAGGACCCAGGUGGGACCCAUGACCCUACCCUGAGGGCCAGGGAGAUGGCCGAGAAGCCGGAGAGGAGACUGCCGACGCCUCGACCCAGGUGUCAGCCUGGCCCCGCAGCCCUCACCCCUCAAGACAAAGACCCACGGCUCAGCCCUGGCUGAUCCCAGGGACCCGGACGCUGACUGAGAGACCUGGAGCCUCAGCAAGGAAACGGGCUGUUUCAGCCACAGAACUCUCACCUGCAAGGUGCCCAGGAGGGAUCGAUGGUUUCGAAGAUAGAAAACCACCAGGGAUUCUUUGCCAACCUGAGUUUUUUAACAAAGCACAGAGCGUGGUCCCCGUACUUGGAGAACAGCCCGCAUCUGUGGGGAGCUGGCCCUCGGGGGUCCCAUGCCAGAGAGCAGCAGGCCAAUCAGAGGGGCUCUGUGCAGGAGCUACUGGGUCCCAAGCGCCCCCCAGAGUGGGGAACAUGUCAGUGUUCUAUUCCAGGGUUUGCCUGCUUCUUUUCAGUGUUUGCCUGCUUCUUUCCAGUAAAGGCUUUCUGGUUAUGUCUUUCUGCGGUGCCCCACUCCCUGGGCUGGGCCCUGUGCAUCGGCAGGGCAGCGUGCCAGGAGCCCCGGGGUGUGGCCAGUGACUUUUCCUUGCAGCCUCUGCUCUCCUUGUGCCCACAGAAGCUGGAGAAACACGCAGGCAAGAAUGCCACGUUGGGGGGAAGGGGGCAAGGGGGCAAGACUCAGGAACCAGGGGAGGGCUGCCCUCCUGCCGAGCGCCGCCUCCCAGAUGCCUGGUCGGCCGCGACGGAGGCUGCAUCCGCCCCAGGCAGGUGCCGGGCUCAAGAAUGCCACGCCACAGUCACCACGGCUAUUAAUUGUAGGCGGCAUGCCCUGUCCUAGCAGGUCCCCUCAAACUUCCGGAAUAAGAGAGGUGAGGUCCCUACUGUCGUCCAUAACCUGCCUCCCGACCGCAACAUCCUCUCCCCAGUGGGCCAGACGGUCUGGGUUCCAAUCCUCACCACCACCCCCCACCCCCGACCAGCUACAUGAACAGAUGUGACUCGACCUUCCAAGGCCAUGUUUCCUUCCCCUGUGAAAUGGGGACAAUCCUGGUACCCUCCUCCUCGGGUAAGCCUGUGAGGAUAAACCAAGAUGGCCUUGGCACGAUGACCUGGCCCAACACUGGGCAUAUCCUAAGAGCUCCACCGAUAUGAAGCAUCCUUAUUUGCCCCUCCAUUUGGGGGGCUGAGCCAGAGCAACGUGGACCCGUUUAAAGGACUGCUCCUGCUGACACGCAGCACUGCCCGCCUCCUGCCCUCCAGUUUACUUUCUCUCCACAGAACUUUCCAGGUAGAGCUACAAACCCAGGAAUGAGCGUAGGGGAGGCAGAGGCUCUCACAGUACCUGCUGCCCUCCCCCAAUACCGGUCCAUCAGAGCCAUGAAGAGCCCCGUGUUCUUUACACACCUCCAUCGUCUCGGCCUGUGCAGCCUGCCCUGGUUGCCUGGAGGCAGAGCCCCAGCCACUCGGGAAACAGGGAGGGGAGAGGGGAUGCCAGCCCCCGCCACUCCACCAUCUCCAGAUGGCAGGCCGGCAGAAGCCCUCUCCCUGGUUGGUUUCCCUCCCCAGUGUCCAGGGACUUGUCUAACGGGUUUGGUUUGGGUGGAAGUCCCAGAGAGGAAAUGGUUCCACAGAAAAUAAAAGAAAUGCAA